UUCAAGUUAUGUUUCGAUUUCUAUUCCUUAUAGCGUUUUUAUUUUUAUCAGUUGACUCCCACUACGUGAACAAAAGCAUGACGAAGCCGGGCCGUGUGCGCUUCUACCCAAAGAACUCUGUUUUUCGGAAAUCAGACCUUAUUGAUAAAGGGUGUAAGGUUUUUAUUCAUGAAUGCCCUGCUGCUUAUAAGAGGAACAUAGUGUGUGCAAGGCAUUAUGACGGCUACUAUAAAACAUUUGGCAGUUUUUGUGAACUCGAGUAUGAAAACUGUAACAGCUGGAGACAAUGGAGUAUGAUAAAACGCGAGCGAUGUUGAAAACUUUCUAAAGAGACAUUUUUCUGCCCACAAAAUUCGUUCGUGAUUUAAUGU